AUUUUCAUUAAUAACGUAUCCCAGUUGAACUUUGGAAUCAUGAAGAGCAGGAUUUUUACUCUGGCUCUGUUUCUCCACAUGGCCAGUAGAUCUAUUGCUUCAUUUGCCGGUCCCUACGACGUUGUUCCUUUAGAGUUAGGGAAAUGUGCCAGUUCUGAAUGCGAAAGUCCAAAAAUCAUCUUCAGCAAUUACAAAAUUAGGAAGCUGGACAGGUCAAGUUAUGUCUAUAGUGGGGUUUUAAACUGUACGAUUCCUGUCAACGAUGAAGUAAAGCUUACAACUGAUGUUUCGAUUUGGGGAAACGGUGGUUGGAAGCCAAAUUUCUACUAUCUCGAAGUAGGCGGCUUGUGCUCAGGAAUGGAAAAGUACCUUCCCCAAUUCAAAAAGGAGAUAUUCGCACAGGUCAACCAGUCGUGUCCCGCGGUCGAAGGUAUUUACAAUUUCGAAAAUGUGAGUUUUGUCCAAGAGAGCCAGUUAAUGAACGCAAUUCCUUAUGGAAAGUACAAGACUGUAAUCAAGGGUGUCGAUUCAGACGGCAAUUGUUUGCUAUGUGCGAUUUUUGCCUGUGAUAUCAUACCAAAGGCAAAGAAGAAAUCAUAGGCAAUUUUUAUAAAACCCAUUUAGUGAUUGUAAAACUUUUCUGGGCAAUAAAAAUUAUGCAAUUGCUUA